AUGCUAUCUAAGGACAAUCCGUAUUUGUUUUCUUAUCCUAACUCUAAAUCUCAGUGGGUUAGAGCAGAUGUCGUCAUCAAAAAAUUUGCGAAUGCAAGUGGCGCAGAAAAUCCUGUAGCACUCACGUCUAAUCGCUUACGUAAACAAAUAGCAACAGUAAUGCAACUAAUUAAUUUAUCGAAAGAAGAAUACGCUCAUUUUGCACAAUUUAUGGGACACACCGAAAAGACGCACAGGGAAUAUUACGAAAUAACGCAGGACGCUUACCAAAUGGCAAAGAUGUCAAAAAUACUUGUGUUAUUUGAUAAGGGUCAGGGCCUUCAAUAUAAGGGAAAGUCUUUAGAAGAUAUUGAUAUUGAUCCUACCAAGGAUUUGGUCGAACCAUGUGAUAAUUUCGAUGAUGACAGUCUAUCUGAGCCACCAAACGAUCGAUCAGAUAAUUAUGUUUGUGAAGACAGUGAAGUAUUGGACAGGGACAAUAGCGAUAACGAGACAACUAAGCAGAAAAAGCAUAAGAAGAAGGAUUGCAGUACUUCAGGUAUGAUUAAAAAGAAGGCGAAGAAUAACAAAAUACGUUGGACAGAAGAACAGAAAAGAUGUGUUAAGUCAUAUUUUAAAGGUCAUAUUCAAAAUAAAAUUGCACCAAAAAAAGAGGAAUGUCAAACAUUAAUUGAUGAACAACCCAUCCUAUUAGAAAAUUUAGAUUGGGUUAAAGUAAAAACUUUCGUUUAUAAUAGCUAUAGAAAUACAGUGUUUUAG